AUGAAUUCGCGGGGCCCCGAAGAAAAGGAACCCACCGCUUGCAGCAGCACUUUGGGUACAGCUACAAGCUCCGAAGUGCUUGCUGAAGACUUGCGGCAGUUCACACGCUCCCCCCAUCCUUACCACCGAAGCAGACGCCUCUUAUCGCGUACACCAUCCGAGCAAGGCGACCGGCUGCAACCGCUAUCCUACUCGAAAGCAUCGCGCACACCGAGCGACAGUGGCACAGAAGCAGAUGAUGAAAGUACUGGGAUUCUAAGAGGCCUUCCGGCGCCACCUGUGCGCCCUCACAAGGGAUUGCGCGCGGGUGGGAACGGUGCCGGUGACUCCGAUUCGUGGUUGCCUUCUCUACAACCAUGGCCGUCACUCGUACGAUUAUCGAUCAGAGGCUCAAGGCGAAGCUCAGGAGAGGAGGCAGGUGGAAAGGCUGCUGAAAGAACACGGAUAAAAUGCAGGACACGGGUCGAAAUCUUGCGGCGGUUGCUCGAGACUGCUCUGUUGCUCUCCGUCGGCGUUGUGGUCUUGCUGCAGAGAGAUGCGCGUUCGCUUGCAUGGGCUUGGAAAAAAGAGCUCGCCGCUCAUGGCCUCUUGCUGCUAGGCCUCUACGCCUCCCACCCCCUCCUACUUCGAAUCUCGAGGAGCCGGAGAUGGCGCAUAUGCUCCUCCAGCCAUUCAAUUUUCUCAAUACCGGAAAGCUUCGACCCGGCUCCGCUCCUAUACCCAAUUUUUGUCCCGGUAUUUGUCGCGCUUUCGCUCUCACAACACCAACCAGCACUGGUCAUGCCAAACAUCAUCCUCAGUCUCUCCUCUCUACCGGCACCAGUCAUCCCUCUACAAAACUGGAUCCAUGGGUGCUCUAUUCCGCACUGGAUAGUUAGCGUUGUGCCUAUCAUCGUCUCCGAAUACCUCUCCUUCGACUCUACAAUUCCCAAACCGCUGACGCUUCGUGGGCACGAUGCAGAAUUGUUGAUCCUUCUUUUUCCUUUGCAUCAAGCGUUGAUACCCACCCUAGACUUUUUGUUGACGACCAGCAUUCUCCCUGCGGAGCUACAGCUCCUGACGACAGCUCUGAUCAAUUUGUAUUUGUUUGCUACCUCCCCCCAGGCCGAAAUUCUCAAGGCCUUAUUAUGGCUGGGAGGAAUGUGUCUCUUUGUGUCUUGUCGAAACAUACUACGUUGGGAGGUGGCUCUCGCUCGGAUCCCAAGCUGGAAGUUCCGCCGCUCCCUUAAUGGCUCGCUGUCACCGCGGAAGUUCAUCAACAUGAUGGACCACCGUCUUUGUCAAAUACUGAGCAGGCCUGAUGAGCCCACUUCAGACAGCGACGAUGGGGUUCCGAAACCACGCAAGACCAGAACGAUGCGGGAAAUUCGAAACCCUGCACCACCCGUGGCCCCCGCGUCUGCCAUCGAUAAUGCCCCUACAGAAGAAGUCUUUGAGAAGUACUUUACGCGACGGCGGCGGCAUACGAUAUCCACGUUUGACGAGGCAGUUCAGGAAGAACGGGUCCGCACUACACCGGGUGGCCGGCGUAAGAAGUUGAUGGGGCCCGGUCUUGCUUCUUUCUUAUCGCUCACCGCAGCCCAAGCGCAGGUCCGCAAAUGGCUGUAUGCGGCGUAUGUCUACCUCGCGUCGCUGGCAAUCAUCCUUGGUCCCAUCCGAAAGUACGUGAGUGAGCGCGCCCUUCAAGGACAGGAUCCCUUUGGAUGGGCUUUGGGAUAUCUGCUGGGAAAUUUAUCGGGGUUCCGUUUCUGGGUGCUCAUGCUGAAUCUCGAAUAUUGGAUUCAACUCCCACCGCGCCCGGACACAGACGGCGAGGACGUCUCCUGUUGGCUCGGCCGGGUAGAACACCUGCGCCAGACCAGUUUCGGACCAGCCAACGGCCGCCUGUUGGUCAUUGUUUACUGCGUCCUGGUACUGGCGACCGGACUGGCCGUAGUGUUUCAGCUCAGUUCGGUUGCCGAGGUCGACACCCGGCGUAAGGUGUUCCACGGCACGAUGGUGCUGAUGUUUCUACCUACGAUUUUCGUGGACCCGACAUUCUGCGCUUUGGCACUGGCUUUGGUCCUCUCCAUAUUCCUCUUGCUCGACCUUUUCCGAGCCUCUCAGCUGCCUCCGAUUUCCCGACCGCUGACCAAUUUCCUGGCCCCUUACGUUGAUGGCCGCGAUCACCGUGGCCCCGUCAUCAUCUCGCACAUAUUCCUCCUGAUCGGAUGUUCCAUCCCACUCUGGCUCUCCCUCUCCGAUCUCCCUCGGACCGGCGACGGUCCCUGGGUAGGCUGGGACGUGCCCACCCGCGACGUCAGCAUGGUAAGCGGCGUUAUUUGCGUGGGGAUGGGCGACGCAGCGGCGUCGUUGGUGGGCCGUCGGUACGGCCGGCUGAAAUGGUUCUGGGGCGGAGGUAAGUCGCUGGAGGGCAGCGUGGCCUUUGCAGCGGCGGUGACCUGCGGUUUGCUCGCCGUUCGAGCGUGGCUUGUGGUGGGAGGAUGGUCGGUGACUGGCGCCGAAUCAGUCGGGCCAACGGCCUUCACAUUUCGCUUCUGGGUGUGGACGGGCUGCAAAGCCGUGUUGGCGGCAGGAGGAACUAGUGCCACCGAGGCGAUCCUCACUGGCUGUAAUGAUAACGUUGUGGUGCCAGUGGUGCUUUGGCUGCUGGUGCGGGGUCUGGGUGUUUGA